AUGGCGCCAGCAGUCCUCGAAACAACGAGUGGCGACGACGACAACCGCAGCGCAGGCGAUGUUGCCAUGGACGGAGGCGCCACAAGUGUGGCGGCGUCCAUGACGGUGGAGAGCUGCGUGGACCCUUUGACCAUGCUGCGCAGCAUGCCUGAGGCGCCGCUCGUGUGUCAAGUGUGCGUGGUCGGUGCUGGCCCCGCCGGCAUGAUGACGGCGGCCAAUCUGGCCCGCUUUGGCGUCAAGGUGCAGGUCAUUGACGACCGGGCCGACCCAACACCCGUAGGCCGCGCCGACGGCCUGCAGCCCAAGACCAUCGAGACCUUCCGCCAAAUGCGCCUGGCUGGUCCGCUGCUGCAGCGUGGUGUCCGCGUCUACGACAUUUCGUUUUGGCGCGGCACGCCCGACGAGCCGCUGCACCGCCUCGGCCGCGAGGUGCACUACCCGCCCGUCAUUGACGUGCUGGACCCGUACAUUCUCUUGGUGCACCAGGGCAUGGUCGAGAGCCUGUUUUUGGAGGACAUGAAGAAGCGCGGGCUCGACGUGCAGCGCAAUACGGCGUUUGAGUCGUACAGCGUGUGCGACUCCAAGACGGGGACGGGCCCCUUGCAAAUCAACUGCCGCGCCAACGUGACGCUCGACCGGCGCACGCUCCUCACACAGUACCUGGUGGGCUGUGACGGCGCACACUCCAAGGUGCGCCAGAGCAUACCCGAGGCGAAGCCCGUGGGCAUGUCCCAGCCCGCGGUAUGGGGUGUGCUGGACGGCGAGCUGGACACGGACUUUCCCGACAUCUGGUCCAAGACGCUGGUGUACCAGCAAGACCUGGGCUCGAUUCUGAUCAUCCCGCGCGAGCGCAACAUGACGCGGCUGUACAUUGAGCUCAAGAGCGGCGGCGGCGCCAGCACAGGAGGCGGCCUGGGCGCCGCCGCCACGGGCAAGGGCGACCGGCGCGAGAUGGGGCAGGAGUUUGUCAUGCAGCGGGCGCGCGAGAUCAUGGCGCCCUUUACCGUGCGGUGGAAGUACAUUGAGUGGUUCGGCCGCUACCAGAUUGGCCAGCGCGUGGCCAGCCGGUUCUGCGACAACCACAACCGCGCCUUCCUGGCCGGCGACGCCAGUCACACGCACUCGCCGAAAUCGGCGCAGGGCAUGAACACGUCCAUGCACGACGGCUGGAACCUCGCGUGGAAGCUCAACUUUGCCGUGCGCGGCUUGGCCAAGCCGGUCCUGCUCGAGACGUACGAGCAAGAGCGCCGCAAGAUUGCGCUGGACCUCGUCAACUUUGACUACGAGCACGCGAACCAGAUCGCCGGUGGCGACGCCGUGGCGCUGGCCGAGAACUUCAAGACGAACGUGCGCUUCAUCUCGGGCAUCGGCGCCGAGUACUCGGAGAACGCGCUCAACAUGGUCGACCGGGAGCAUGCGGCGACGUGGAUGAUGGGCGACGCCAAGCCGGGGUGCCUGCUGCCGCCCGCCAAGGUCCGGCGGUACCUGGACUCGAACCCGGUCGACAUCCAGCUCGACAUCCCCAUGCUCGGCCAGUUCCGCAUCUACCUGCUGAUGUGGGACGUGCACCAGUCGCGCGUCUUCCUCGACACCUUUUGCGAGGCGAUUGCGUCGGCCGAUUCGCUGGUCAACCGGCUGUCCGCGGCCGCCAAGAUCUCGUAUGGCCUGCAGCCACGCUUCUCGGCGCCCGAGGACAUUUACCUGCGGCCGGAGCGCUACACGGCCAUUAGCCACCUGUUUACCUUUGCUUUAAUCAGUGCGUCGUAG